UUCCCGAACUUGAAAUAAUCUUUAGCGAUUAUUUAGUGUGUUUUAUUUAUUGUUUUAUUUAUUUUAACAAUGGCAGACAAAACACACACGUCGAGAAUAACAUUGUACAAAAAUGCGGGACAAGGAACGACCGAUCUUCGUCGCAAACGUGCGGAACUCAGCGUCGCACUCCGUAAGCAGGCGAGAGAUGAACAGCUCCUCAAGCGCAGAGCUCUGUCCCCAGAGGCAGGUGAAGCCGUCACUGAAGACAAAACUUUGUCACCGGCUGAGAUUGUUCAAGGUCUCAACUCCGACGACCUGGCAACGAAGACAUCAUCUGCCCGCGCUGCUCGUCGCAUGCUGUCUCGUGAACAGAACCCACCAAUCACGCUUAUGGUGGAGGCUGGCGUCAUCAAGCCAUUGGUUGAGGCUCUUGAAAGAGACGACUGCCCUGAUCUUCAAUUUGAAGCAGCAUGGGCAAUCACCAACAUUGCAUCUGGCACUCACGAACACACCAUGGCUGUCGUUGAAAAUGGCGCAAUUCCAAAACUAGUAAACCUCUUAAGCCGAGGAGGUGUCGUCGGAGAACAAUCCGCCUGGGCUCUGGGCAAUAUCGCCGGAGACGGCCCCACUCCACGUGACUACGUAUUAGCAGCUGGUGCGCUGCCGGCGCUGUUGCCUCUGCUGAAUACCACAACUGUGGCGUCUCAGUUAAGGACUGCUGUGUGGACUUACAGCAACUUUUGCAGAAACAAGAGUCCGAUGGUGAAGUUCGAGCUCGUUUCGGCCGCUCUGCCAUACAUCGCUGAUUUGCUGGAGACGGAAGAUCAGGAUGUACUUGCGGACGCGUGCUGGGCGCUGUCGUACCUGACGGACGGCCCCAACGAACGCAUCGAAGGCGUCCAGACGACGCCGGCGCUGCUGCCGCGCCUCGUGCGCCUGCUGCGCCACCCGGCGCCGGCCGUGCGCACGCCGGCGCUGCGGGCCAUCGGCAACAUGCUCACGGGCUCCGACCACCAGACGGACCGCUGUCUGCAAGCGGACUGCCUGCCCGCCCUCUGCACUCUCCUUCGCUGCGGCAAAUCGUCUCUCAUGAAAGAAGCAGCUUGGGCCGUCAGCAACGUCCUCGCCGGAACCACAGAGCAAAUACAACAAGCUUUAGACGCUGGCGUUUUAGAGCAUUUGCUCCAUGUGCUGUCUACAGAGGACAUUAAAUGCCAAAAAGAAGCAGCAUGGGCCAUCACAAACCUCUGCCUCGGUGGCACUCCAGAACAGUUGGACGCGUUGCUACAAGCCGGUUUCCUCGAGCCUUACUGCAUGCUGCUAAGUUCACCAGACCAAAGAGCUAUUAUUGUUGUGCUAGAUGGAUUGACUAACUUGCUGCAGGCGGCAGCAAAGUUUGGCCAAGUGGAACCUCUCUGCAUCAAACUGGAAGAGAUUGGCGCAUUAGAUCGAAUUGAAGCUUUACAGACGCAUGAGAAUGAACAGAUAUACAAAAAGGCAUUAUCAAUUUUGGACAACUAUUUCUGCGACCAGGAAGAUGGAAACGCCCAACCGGAACAAACGGAAGAGGAAUAUCAAUUCGGGACUGCUCAACCACAAAAUAUCAACUUUUAAAACUAAUUGUGGCAUAUUUUUUGCAUGCAUUAUUUCUGUUUAGAUGGAGCAGCCACAAAAUUUCAUUUAGAAUAUAAGAAGAGAAGUAUGUUAAAGCUUUAAAAUUUUACAUCGCAGAAUUAUUUUGUAUUAUUAUUAACUGAAGAAUUGUCAUAGUAAUCACAGCCAUAAAUAUUGACAACUGUGGCAUAAUUCCAGAUGUAUGAUUACAAAGUUUUGUUUAAUGGUCACAAAAUGUAAAUGACACUAUUUUUUCGGAUCGCAAAAUCGCACAUAUUUGUUUUUCCAACAUUUUCUCAAAUAAUCUUUAUUUCCUAGGUAAGC